AUGCCCAAGUACUGCCGAGCCCCGCACUGCUCCAACGCGGUGGGGAGGCUCGCCCGCCCGCCCGCUCGUCGUCGUCUCCUCAGCUUCUACAAGUUCCCACUGCAUGACAUGGCACGGCCAUGGCAAUGGCUGACACAGAUGCAGGGGGAGAACUGGGUGCCCACCCGUCACCAGCACCUCUGCAGCAACCACUUCGAACCCUCCUGCUUCCAGUACCGCUGGGGCAUCCGUUACCUGCGGCCCGAUGCCAUCCCCACCAUCUUCCCCUGUGGCCCCCCAAAACGGGAGAGUCCUAGCACACCGCCGGGCACCACCCAGCCUAAGCAGCCCCUCCCGGCGAGCAGCCAGGAGCCGGUGACACUGGGACAGCCAGCCGUCCCUGAAACCGCCACGUCGGAGGCCACAACCAUCGCCCUGGAACCCAACUUGGCCACGGCAAUGCCGCUGCUUGGCCCAGUGAAGCUGGGGGACAGCCCCGAGGGGGUCCCCGCCCGCCCGCAGCCGUCCUCGGGCUACGCCACGCCGCCGCUGUCACCGCGCUGGUGGGUGGAGCAGGCAGAGGACAUCACUGUCGAGCCGCCCAUCGCCAGCCUGCCGCCGGCGUAUUUCGAGCCCAUCCCCGCGACGCUGGUCAUGGUGCCGGAAACCAUCCUCUCCUCAGCCUUGACACUGCCCAUGGUUUCCACCAUCCCCAUUGUUUCCAAAACGGUGACGUCGAUGUCACUGCCAGGCGAGCUGAGCACCGAGGAACUUGUCGGUGUGGUGCUGGUGCUGCAGCGGAAGGUGAAGGUGCUGCAGCAGCGGCAACGCCGGCACCGCGCCUGGCUGGAAGCCAUGGAGGGGUUGGUGGAGCAGCUGCGCCGUGAGAGCCUGCUCUCCAAGGAGAGGCUCAAGCUGGCCUGCCUGCAACCAGGGCUGGUGACACCAGAUCCCACCGGCACCAUCACCAUCAUCUGCCAGGAGGAGGAGGAAUACAAGGCGUUGGUCUGUGCCGUUCCACCGCCCGCGGGGACAACCUGUGGCCUCGGCCUGGAGCGGCUGUGAUGUGGUGCCACUGGUGCCACUGUCACCAGGAACCUGCUGGGACAUUGAGGGGGGUGGCCCUCCCUGGGGACACCGUGCUGUGCCUGGGGGUGUCACCCAGAAGCCGGGGGACACCCCCAACUGUGGCGAUGAAAGAGGCACUUGGGAUUGUUGCAAAUAUUCUGGUAAAGAAAUCAAAAUUUAAUCACAUAGAAGAGUUAGGUUUGAUUAAGAAGUAAAAUUGUGAAGCAUAAUGUAUAGGAUUGUUAAGUUUGAAACGUAGCCAUAGAAACUUUAGGAACUGUGUUAUGUGUGACUAUAGGAACCUUAAUAUUGUUAAAGUUUGAAAUAGCUAACCAUAGAAACCUCACCAGGAAGUUACUGGUUUUUCUAUGUUUUGUUUCAAGAAACUAAGGAAACCAUCAUGGACACCAGUUUGCUGCUUGGAAACCCCCUUACCCUUCCCAUCUUGAUUUGAGUAUCGAAGAUUCCAAUCAGUAGAGCUAAGUGUAACUGACCAAUGAUUGUUUUUUAAAUAAGAAUAUUGAUAAGGUUAUAUAAUCAAAGGACCAAUCAUUAUAAAGGUUAAAUUUAAGAACGAGCAUAGUAUGCAUUUUUAUGUAAAGAGCUUAUGUAACAACGACCUGACAGAAAAAGUCUAUAAAAACUGAUGGGUUUUGAUACUAAGUGGGACACGCCUUUGGAGGAGCGAUCCCCCGUGUCCCCAGUGCUGCGAUAAACAAAGUGCCUGCUUCUUAACUUCACGUUGGUGUUAAGGAGUUUUAUUCCGGAUUUCGG